GCGCCUUGAAUGAGGGAUGCAGGAGGAAUGAAAGCGCUAGCUGGUGGCCAGAUGGAAAUGGUGGUCUCCAAGUGAUUGCAUCUGGUGGGAAUUCACUCAAGCAGAAUCAAGGUCAAAAAUUAAACCAGAAGAACAAGAAAGCGCUCUCAAAGGCUCAUGAAACCUGUUCACUAGACCAACCGACGUCUCCGCUUCUACAACAAGAAAAGGUUCCGAGUCAACAAGGGUUGAUAGUACUUCCUACUAUUACAGAAGAGAAAGAGAAUCGACAGAAUGAUCGCCAAAAGCCCGUCAUUUCCAAUACGGGUUCAAGCAACUUGUUCACCCCUCAUUGGAAUGGUUCUACAACUAAGAAGAAUUCCCAACGAGCAGCCACUACCUCACCAGACGAGAUCAUCUACUCAACUUCAUCUUCCUACUCAACUUCUCUCUCAUCCUCAUCUGGGACGUCGGCCUUCUCUAUGGAUAACGACCCUGCUCUUCCUCAUCUAUUCUGUGGGCUUCCUUCGGACGAAAUGACAAUUGUUCCGCCUUCUGGUUUAACAGAAAUGGAAGAAAGGCGUAUGAUCGAAGCGUCUGAUAUUUCACACUCUCCCGAGGACGAUGGAGAUGCUGACGACGAGGAAGACUGUGACGCUAUCAUCGGUCGUGGUAUGCUUGUACCUGCUGCAGUAUUUCUCUCGAACCCUUCUGUUGGUGCCAAUCGCGACGCUAGCUCUAUUAAGCUUGUAAAGAUAAUCGAAGAAGACGAAGAGGUUCAUUCCGCAGAAAUUCCUGAAAGAUCUCAUCCAAUAGUCAAGUCACUCUCCACAA